GUUUGGUUUUUAACCAAACCCUGAACACCUCUAACUAUUACUACAAGACUUGAGCUACACUUGAAGUUGAAACAAUUGAAAAAGAACAGAGAAAUAUUUCUGGAUCUCUUCAUUAAGAUCUCCAUUUCAUAGAAGUAAACUAGUAGCAACAUUUUCAAACCAAAUCAUUAUUUCCAAAAUCAAUGGGUGCUUUUACUAAGCUAUUAGACUUACUUCUUUUCAUCUAUUUAUUCUUCAUUGCCAUUGUUGCACCACUCAUUGAUGGCCAAACCGUUCUUCCUAGUCACAUAUUUCCUUCUGUUUUGGUUGACUUAAAGAACUGGUACACUCAAAAAUAUGGUCACUAUUUAGUUUCUGAGAAACCCCAUUUCUUUGUUGGGUUAGUAUGGUUGGAGCUUCUCUUUGCAUGGCCUCUCUGUGUCCUUAGUCUUUAUGCUAUUGCAGCUGGAAAAUCUUGGAUUAAUACUACCUGCUUGCUUUAUGGUGUUUCCAUUCUCACUUCUCUGGUGGCGAUACUAAGUGAAUUGCAGGGUUCCGAGAGAGCAUCCAACAAAUUGCUGAUGUUGUACUAUCCGUUUCUAGGAUUUGCUGUUUUACCAAUUUUACGUGGUCUACUGCCUCAUUCUGGCAAGACAAUUAGCAUUGGAAACCGAUCCGCUAUAGGAAGGAAGAAGAGGGCUUAAUCAUUCAACUCACAAAAGCUAGAAUUGAAGAGUUUGUAUUUCUUUUGGGCAGUGAUACCUAGAAACCAUAUCAAUUUUGUUCUUGGUUUGUUUUUGUUUCCCCUGCUGGCAUUAUGUCCUGAUGGCUUGUGCAUGGAUUUUCACGUAAAUGAUUAGAAUGAAUUGUAGUUUCACAA